AUGUUUACAAACUGCAUACUCCUGCCAGUUGGACUCAUCCUAUCUAUGAUGUUGAUAUCAAAGGUGCCCAUUAUCCAAAAAUGUGCCUUAUACGUUCUUAACAUAAGGCUAACCGCAAAAAAUGAUGGUAUAUACGAUAAAACUUGUAAAUAUAGUAUUAUAUUCUCACUGAGUACAAUGAUAAUAACAUAUAAACUAUCUUGCAUAUUAUUAUCAAUCUUUUACAUUGAUAACUUUGUUGGAAUUUUCAUGAAUAUUUCACGGCAAAGAAAGAGUGUCAAUCUAGAUGCAGUAAAAUUUAAAGGUAAUUUCAAUUCACAUUUAAAAAUUUUUUGCUCUGAUUACAUGCAUAUAGAACUUGCGUGUAUACUGAUUUGGCUUUUCAACAUCAUUUAUUCCAUUAAACUCAGAAAUAACUACCUCCAAGAAGGGCAUCUCACCGAAAAAGUUGUAAAAAGGACACUCAAAGAUUUACGAACACGAUUUAAAACUCCAGCUAGUGAAGUUUUAUAG